CGACAGAGUCGUUUAGAACGUCAAAGCAGUUUUACAAUCUUAAUUUGCAUAUUUUUAAGUGUUGUGUAUAUUUCAAUAGUUGUCUUGCGUAGUCAUUUUAUCUCUACUCCGGCCAACUUUUCUAAACAAAGCAGCUGUUAGCAAUGUCCUGUACCGAUAUGGGGAAUUUUGAGAUAUUACUAGAUAAUCAGCUGUCGUUCUACGGUGAUGGAUACUCGUGAAAAUAGGGAAUACAACAAAAAUCACAGAUGUCGCUUCUUGAACCCCCAAAUAAUUUCUAACCUCACUUAAGAGCAAAUUUUGAAUGCUUGAUUGCGAUUUCUUGCAAUCUUCAAACUAUGGCAGGGAGUCGCUUAGAAAGAAUUGGAACGAUUUAUUCAAGGACGGCCGGUUUGAUACAAUCAGGAGCCCUAAACUGGGCAGACCGACCUUUAUGGUAUGAUAUUUAUGAGGCAUUUCCACCAAAAGAAGAGCCCCGUUAUGAUAGACCUGCUCCAAAUAUGAAGCUCAAGCAGAUAUUUUACAAGGAAGAUAGGAUUAGAGCCAUGUUUCAUCGGAACAACAAACAUAUUGGCGCUACCAAUAUGUUCAAUCACAAUUACAAGACUUUAACACAGAGAUUCAUAGACACAUAUCAAAAAGUUGAGCAACAAUAUGCUGGCAAUGCAACAGAAGAGCAAAUAUACAAGGAAGCAAUUGGUAUACUGAAGAGUGAAUUUGAAUCUAAAAAAGAGAAAGCUGCUGUAGAACAUGAGGAAGAGUCAGUAAGCUUGAGUUCACAAUUCAGACAGGCCCAAUCUGCCCUGGAUGCGCAAGCAAAGUCAAAGAUCAACUUGGAUGUUGGUGAUAUCUUCAAAAACUGAGUGAUUUUAUAAACAUUGUAAAUAAUAGUAAUUUAAUCUUCUUAUAAUAAAGAGUUGUAGUAUAUAUUUCUAUUUUUUUAUUGCUAAUCUUACAAUCUGUCAAAAUCUAAACUUUUUUUGUAUUUUAUAGCCCAUCUAUUAUGGGGGAACAGAAGU